ACCAAACGUUUUUGUUGUUGCGACUUACGACCGUUCACGCGACGUCAUUUAUUCGUUGAUUGUGCGACUAGACGUUAUUUUUGCCUGUUUUCACGAUAAACAUAUCUAACCGUGAAAGACGACGUCCGCCCGGUAGACGAAUCGAACACGAAAAACGAGCCCGUUUUGGAUUUGGUGUGUAGAAAGUUUUACUUUUUAUAGUUCUCCUUAAGACAAAACAAGAAAAAGACAUUAUUUUCAUAAGUGAAAUAAAAAUUUUAUAUAAUUUAACUUACAUUUUUAUAAGGACAAAAAGUGAAUACCUAAUGGUAUUUAUAUUAAGUGUUUGUUAUUUUUUUAUUUGUUGUACAUAACAAAGUUAAUAAGUAGACACGUUUUAGUGUUUAAAAGUGAUUGUUUUAUUAAGAAUUUAAAAUAAUUUUGUGUGGGUGCAUUGGUUCCUUUGAACCUUUAAGAAGUUUAGAUGAUCGCUACAACAAAUCACAAUAGUUCUGGGAUUAAUCUCAGUAUGCCCAGUAAACAGAUGAACAGAAUUAGCUUUGAAGGAAUAGAUGAUGCAGGAUGGAAAGCUAAACUUAAACUUCCACCUCAAGACAAACGGAUUAAAACUAGUGAUGUUACUUCUACCAAAGGAAAUGAUUUUGAAGAAUUCUGUUUAAAACGUGAAUUGUUAAUGGGAAUUUUUGAAAAAGGAUGGGAAAAACCUAGUCCUAUUCAAGAAGCGAGUAUUCCAAUAGCGCUUUCUGGUAAAGAUAUUUUGGCCAGAGCAAAAAAUGGUACUGGAAAAACCGGAGCCUAUUCUAUCCCUGUUCUUGAACAAGUUGACCCUAAAUUAGAUGUCAUACAAGCCCUUGUGAUUGUGCCGACCAGAGAGUUAGCAUUACAGACUAGUCAAAUUUGUAUUGAGCUUGCAAAGCACUUGGAUAUUAGGGUCAUGGUGACAACUGGUGGUACUAAUCUUAAAGAUGAUAUUCUUCGUAUUUACCAACGAGUGCAUGUUAUCAUUGCUACUCCUGGAAGAAUAUUGGAUCUUCUAGAUAAAAGCAUAGCUAAAGUUGAUCAUUGUCGGAUUCUAGUUCUAGAUGAGGCAGAUAAGCUUCUAUCACAAGAUUUUAAAGGUAUGUUAGAUCAUAUCAUUUCAAGGUUACCAUCAGAGAGACAAAUCCUCCUUUACUCAGCUACAUUCCCUCUGACUGUCAAACAGUUUAUGGAUAAACAUUUACGUAGUCCAUAUGAAAUAAACUUGAUGGAAGAGUUAACCUUGAAGGGAGUUACUCAGUAUUAUGCAUUUGUCCAAGAAAAACAAAAAGUCCAUUGUUUGAAUACUCUUUUCUCAAAGUUACAAAUUAACCAAAGUAUAAUUUUCUGUAAUUCAACACAACGUGUAGAGUUACUUGCUAAAAAAAUUACCGAUCUCGGUUAUUGUUGUUACUAUAUUCAUGCAAAAAUGGCCCAAGCACAUCGUAAUCGUGUUUUUCAUGAUUUCAGAAAAGGUUCUUGCCGAAAUCUUGUUUGUUCUGAUUUAUUUACGAGGGGUAUUGAUGUUCAAGCUGUUAAUGUUGUGAUUAAUUUUGACUUCCCUAAAAUGGCUGAGACAUAUUUGCAUCGUAUUGGUAGGUCAGGCCGAUUUGGACAUCUUGGUAUUGCAAUCAAUCUCAUCACCUAUGAUGACCGAUUUGCUUUACACCGUAUUGAACAAGAAUUAGGAACGGAAAUUAAGCCUAUACCAAAAGUAAUUGAUCCAAGAUUAUAUGUUGCACGGCCAGAAGAUGUAGAUAUUAGUGAAGAAAUGGAACUUAGUAAAUAAAAAUCCUUCAACAACUAUUGUAAAUAUUUGUAACUAAACUCACCUAUAUACUUAAGACUCGAAAAACCCAAGAUAUAUAAAUUUUAUUUUUCAAUCUCCAAAGACAAAUUUGAUUUCUAAACCAUUUGCAGUUUACUUAAAAAUUUUAAUUUUAAUUUCUUAAAUUCAUAACUAAACUCUUCUCUUGUUUUUGUUUUUGUUUUAUUAUUAUUUUCUUUUUCAUUUCAUGAAAUUUUAUGUUGCCUUGCAUACUAGUACUUUGUCUCAAUUGGAAUGUAACAUCUUGGAUCAAGCCUUUUGUAGACAGUAUUAUAGUCUUGCCACAUUGGCAUAAUUUAAUGUAUAUACUUAUGAUGAAAACAAAUCUCGCUAUUAUCUGAUAUAUAUAUAUAUUGUACAUAAGAGUAUAUUAUUUAUUAUAUAUUUAAAAAAAAAAAUAAUUUUGUUGCUAUUUAAUUAGCGAAAAGAUCUCUAAUGCAAGUGCAACUAAUACAAAUUGAUCCAAAAACGUAAACUGAGAUUACAGCUGUUUCAGUUUCAGUACAAGUGAACAAUUUAAAGCUGGACCCCGUC